UGAGGGACAAUGCUGCACGUACGAGAGAGAGAGAGCGAGAGGGAAAGACGAAUGCUGCUGAGAAACUGCACAACCUGCAUCCCAUAAACCGAGACAAAUUGAUGUUUUGCUGACAGAGCCCGAGCCCGCACACAAAGCCCGAGAGUGGUUUAAAUUCCACGUUCUUUUCUUUAUAAAAAGCUGCAGUGUUUUGUUCUUACCGUUCUCCUUUCCUUGGAAUCAUGUUGCUCCUGUGGAAAUGAUCUCAGUCUAUAUACAAUGUUUUAUUAGUAUUAUUCUCUCACUGUCUGGAUUUAUUUCCUCUGCGAAAAGCGCUGACGUGAUUUUAAUCUCUGAAGUAAAGGCAAGUGACAGGGUGGGUGCACUGUGUACAGACUCCGUCUGAAAUCAAUGUAACUCACAGGCGGAAAGGGGGAGCAGCAGUGGAAGUAGCCGCAAUGCUGCUGGCUGUGUUCGCACUGGUUUGUGAGACGAGGCUAGUCUGAAAGCACCGAGCGGAGCAGGAGCAGGAGCAGACGGAAUAUAAUCGAACCACGGCAGCAGAUCAGAGCAGUGCUCGAACCUGCCAUGAUAACUCUGUGCGGCGCCCUGGCGCUUUUCGGAUGGCUGCUGGUGACUCUCGAUGCCCAGUAUAUUUGCUGGCAAGCUCUGCUCAGGUGCCAACAGGAGAAAGACUGCGAACUGGCGUACAAUCAAUACCUAACAGCCUGUGAUGGUUACUUGAAAGGCAACAGAAGACAAUGCCCCAGCCACUGCAUCAGCGCCCUGGUCAGACUGAACCAGACCCGGAAUGGCCCGGACCUGGAGAGCUGUGACUGCGGUCAGGACGCGCAGUGCAGGAGGGCCAAGCGAGCCAUUGAGCCCUGUCUGCCCCGCAGGUAUCCUGGGGACGCGUCUGGUAUUGGGUGCACCGAAGCCCGCCAACGCUGCGAGGAAGAGCCUGACUGCCACCCCAUGCUUACAGCCUACCUCUCCAACUGUGGGCAGCUGUUCAACGGCAGAAAAUGCACCAUAAAGUGCAAGACCACUAUUCAGCAGAUGCUAUUCAUUCCAAACGGGGUGCUCCUCAACCGCUGCGUCUGUGACGGGGUGGAGAGACCCUUCUGUGAGGUGGUCAAGGAAAACAUGGGGAAGCUGUGCUUUGGGGACCAGGGCUUCUCCACCAUGGACCCAGACGCCGAGGACUUGUAUGAAGACGAAGAUUACGAGCUGAGGCCCGACAGGGAGGAGGUAGAGUCGGAUACGGUGUACUCCAAUCACCCGCCGUUCCUCGGCGCAGUGGGGCUGCAGAUCGGGCUGAUACUGGCUUGGGGGUUAUUUUGCUGACUGGCAGCUCAAAACAAAAUGGAUUUAAAACGGAACAGUAUUUAACGCUGGAAGAUACAAAGGUGAUAUUUUGGACGCAUUACAUUAUAUACUUCAUGACAGGAAUCGUGGUUACUAAACGCGCCACAUUGGAAUACAGCGUUUGGGGAAAUGCUUAAAUUCUUCCCCAAGACUCACGAAACGACCGAGGGGGAGGAGGGGAGAGCGUUACUCUCGCUCUUGUCCCGGAUAAACAGAGUGCACACGUGGAAGCAACUUAUCUGUGUAACAUUGGUGUCUGAGCGCUUCGUGGGGGCUGCGUUAUUAAGACUUUAGACAAACACGACGAGGGUGCUGUUUCUGUUUACUCUCCUUCCUCGACACUUCAGAGCUGGCAUUGUGGUGAUCACACUUCAAAUAUUUGUGGUGAACCUCAAGAGAACAGGCAAGGAGUUCGGAUCAAGCAGUUAAAUUAACUCAAGUGCUUCCCCCCUCUCCCCCUCUCUCUCUCUCCUCGAGUAAUUCCUGUUGAAAAGGACUCUCUCUCCCCCUCUCCCCCUUUUCUUUUGCAGGGGAGGAGUGCGGUCUCGGACGUAAGGCUACACGAAACGAGACGGGGGAAAGUUGAAGGCGUAAUUGUUUAUUUAAUGUUAGCAAUUUUAAGUGUUUUGCCAGAACACAGUGACCGAUACUUUUUUUUUUUUUUUUUUUUUUUUU